GCAGUGCAGGUGGCGCGCGAUCUCCGCGUCGAUCGGGGCUGGCGGCUGCGGCGCCGCGCGGGUGGGUGGGAUCGUGGCGGAGCUCCAGGCGCCGGGGCAGGGGCGGGAGAGAGCCAUGGCGGCGGCAUCCGGUCCCCGCGCCGCGGCGAGGUGAGGGGCCGCCUCUUCACGACUGAGGAGGCCACAGCUGCCUGCCUGCCUUCCACGCGGGCCGCGGCUCCGGCAUGGCCGGGAUCAUUAAGAAGCAGAUCCUGAAGCACCUGUCCCGGUUCACCAAGAAUCUUUCCCCGGACAAAAUCAAUUUGAGCACCCUGAAAGGGGAGGGUCAGCUGACCAACCUGGAGCUGGAUGAAGAGGUUCUACAGAAUGUGCUGGAGCUGCCCACCUGGUUAGCCAUUACUCGGGUCUACUGCAACAGGGCCUCCAUUCGGAUCCAGUGGACAAAGUUGAAGACACAUCCCAUUUGCUUGUGUCUGGAUAAGGUAGAGGUGGAGAUGAAAACAUGUGAGGAGCCUCGGCCCCCAAAUGGACAGUCUCCCAUUGCCCUCGCUUCAGGACAGAGUGAGUAUGGCUUUGCCGAGAAGGUGGUGGAGGGGAUGUUCAUCAUCGUCAAUUCCAUCACAAUCAAGAUUCACUCCAAGGCUUUCCACGCUUCUUUUGAAUUGUGGCAGCUCCAGGGCUACAGCGUCAACCCCAACUGGCAGCAGAGUGACCUCCGCCUCACCCGCAUCACUGACCCCCACCGAGGAGAGGUUUUAACAUUUAAGGAAAUAACUUGGCAAACACUUCGAAUUGAGGCAGAUGCUACAGACAGUGGUGAUCAGGAGCCAGUCACCACUCCACUGAGGCUUAUUACCAACCAAGGCAGGAUCCAAAUAGCCCUCAAGAGAAGAACCAAAGAUUGCAAUGUGGUAGCCUCCAAGCUGAUGUUCCUGUUGGAUGACCUGCUCUGGGUGCUAACUGACUCGCAGCUCAAGGCUAUGAUGAAGUAUGCAGAGUCACUGAGUGAGGCAAUGGAGAAGUCAGCCCAGCAGAGAAAGAGCCUGGCCCCUGAGCCUGCACAGAUCACCCCACCUGCUCCCAGUGCCCAGCAGUCCUGGGCCCAGGCGUUCGGGGGCGGCCAGGGCAGCAGCAGCAGUGGCCGCCUCAGCCAGUACUUUGAGAGAUUUGAUGUGAAGGAGUCCUCCUACCAUCUGCUCAUCUCCCGCCUGGACCUGCACAUUUGCGAUGAUAGCCAGUCCCGAGAGCCAGGUGUCUCGGCAAACAGACUCAUGGGUGGUGCGAUGCAGCUUACUUUCCGCAAGAUGGCAUUUGACUAUUACCCCUUCCACUGGGCAGGUGACAGCUGCAAACAUUGGGUACGGCACUGUGAGGCCAUGGAGACACGAGGCCAGUGGGCCCAGAAGCUGGUGAUGGAAUUUCAGAGUAAAAUGGAGAAGUGGCAUGAAGAGACAGGUCUCAAACUGCCCUGGCACCUGGGGGUAGAUUCUCCCUUCAGGAGGAAAGCAGAUUCUCUCUCCAGUCCUCGAAAGAACCCCAUUGAGAGAAGCCCCUCUCAGGGCCGACAGGCUGCCUUUCGGCCUCCAGCGUGGAAUCGCUUGCGCUCUAGUUGCCUGGUAAUACGGGUGGAUGACUUGGACAUCCACCAGGUUUCUACGGCUGGACAGCCAAGUAAGAAGCCAUCUACACUCCUUUCCUGCAGUCGGAAGCUUCACAGUCUUCCCACUCAGGUCUCUGCCGUUCAUAUUGAGUUCACAGAGUAUUACUUCCCUGAUAAUCAGGAGCUUCCAGUUCCCUGUCCCAAUCUCUACAUUCAGUUAAAUGGCCUGACGUUUACUAUGGAUCCUGUCAGCUUGCUCUGGGGAAACCUCUUCUGCCUGGAUUUAUACCGCAGUUUGGAGCAGUUCAAAGCUAUCUACAAGCUGGAAGAUUCGAGCCAGAAAGAUGAACACUUGGAUAUCCGACUGGAUGCCUUCUGGUUGAAGGUUAGCUUCCCACUGGAGAAGAGAGAGCAGGCUGGGUUGCAUCGUCCUCAGGCCCUCAUCUUUUCUGCGUCAGGCGUGACUGCCACCAAUACACGUCAUGCCCCACAUUGUAGUUGUCCAGACCUCCAAAGUCUCUUCCGAGGUUUUGCGGCUGCUGAGUUCUUUCAUUCCAAUUAUGUUCACUUUCCCAAGGUUCCAGGUGGCUUUAGCCUUCUGCACAUGCUUUUUUUACAUCAUGCUUUCCAGAUGGAUUCCCGCCUCCCUCAACCCAGUACCCUCCCUCCCCAGAGGCUUAAGGCUUCCCAGGAUCUGUGGUCCAUCCACUUCACCCAGAUCUCCUUGGACUUUGAGGGAACAGAGAACUUCAAAGGCCAUACCUUGAAUUUUGUGGCCCCCUUCCCCUUGUCCAUUUGGGCCUGCCUACCCCUCCGCUGGCAGCAGGCUCAGGCACAGAAGCUCCUUUUGGCCACAGAAGGGAGGCUGAAACCGUCCGCUAGCUUUGGCAGUCCUGUCCAUUCUGAGGCCCUUGCCCCUGAGGCUGUGCCCCAUCAGAGGUCAAAGACUGAGCAUGAUUUGAAAAGCCUGUCAGGCCUUACAGAAGUCAUGGAUGUUUUGAGAGAAGGCAGCAGUAGUGUGGACAGCAAAGGGCCUCUGACUGAGCUUGAGGAUGCAGCAGAUGUUCACAUGCUUGUACACUCCCCUGCACAUGUCCGUGUGAGGCUUGACCAUUACCAAUACUUGGCUCUGCUCCGCCUGAAGGAGGUGCUACAGGGUCUUCAAGAACAACUGACUAAGGACACAGAGGCCAUGACUGGCUCUCCUCUGCAGGACCAGACAGUUUGCAUUGGGGUCCUCUUCCCCAGUGCUGAGGUGGCUCUGCUCAUGCAUCCUGCCCCGGCGGCUGUUGAAGCUGACUCUGCAGGUUCAGAUACCACCAGCCUCAUCGAUUCAGAGCUGUCUCCUUCAGAGGAUAGGGAGCUGAAGUCUGAUGCCUCCUCAGACCAGGGCCCAGCAAGCCCUGAGAAGGUUCUGGGGGACAGUGGCAUUGAAAAUCUGGAUGCAUCCCAGGAUAGGCCAGUGCCUCUCCAUAGCAAUGGAGAACUACAGGAUUCAGAUCCUCUUGCACAGCAGGAGGUAGGGAAGGGCCAUGAGGCAGUGGAUUUCUUACAGGCCAAGAGACUGAGCAGAACCCAGGUGUCCACCUCACCAGCUGUGUUGAAGCCCCCAGGUGGCAGGGAUACUGCUGUGAAUGGACAGGCUGAGAUCAUUCCCUUGAAGAACAUUGAGGGAGAAUUGUCAAGUGCUAUUCACAUGACCAAGGAUGCCACAAAGGAGGCUCUACAUGCCACUAUGGACCUCACCAAGGAAGCUGUGUCUCUGACUAAGGAUGCCUUCAGUCUGGGCAGAGACCGAAUGACCUCCACCAUGCACAAGAUGUUGUCCCUGCCCCCAGCCAAGGAACCCAUGGCCAAAAUAGAUGAGGGGGCGGCAGCACCACUGAGUGGAGGGGCUGCCCGACUCCGACUUUUCUCCAUGAAGAGGACAGUAUCUCAGCAGUCAUUUGAUGGCAUUUCAUUGGAUAACAGUGGCCCUGAAGACCGGAUUUCUGUGGACAGUGAUGGCAGUGAUAGCUUUGUGACGCUCUUGGAGUCUGAGUCUGGUCCAGAAUCUCUUCCACCAGGAACUCUUCCAAAUGUCUUGGACAGUGCUGGUGUCCAGGCGAGCCCUGUUGUGGAUAGUUACGGCCAGGGGUCACCAGAGGCCAAUAGUUCAGUCUCACCCAGUGGGGAAGACCUCGGCCUUCACCCGGUCUCCAUUCUGGUCCUGAAGGUGAAUGAGGUAUCUUUGGGGAUCGAGGUACGUGGUGAGGACCUGGCUGUAGCCCUGCAGGCAGAGGAACUGAGUGUCCAACAGCUGGGCACCGUGGGACUCUGGCAGUUCCUGCACGGACAGUGCUCAGGUACAAGCUUUCAGGAAUCCUCAGCUUUGAAGACUGACCACAUCAGGCCAUCUGUGGGCCUUCGGUUUGAGGUGGGGCCUGGUGCAGCUGUUCAUUCCCCACUGGCCACACAAAAUGGCUUCCUGCAUUUCUUGCUUCGAGGCUGUGACCUUGAGCUCUUCACUUCGGUGCUUAAUGGACUGGGGCCCUUCUUGGAGGAUGAGGAGAUCCCAGUGGUAGUUCCCAUGCAGAUUGAGUUCCUGCACUCUAGGAUCACCCUAAAGGAUGAUACCCCCCCCAUUUAUCCAACAUCUCCAGGCCCUAUCCCCAUCACUCUGGCCAUGGAGCAUGUUGUGCUGAAGCGGGGUGACGAUGGUGUGUUCCACAUAGGCGCUGCUGCUCAAGACAGACCAUCAGCUGAAGGACCUAAAAGUGAGAAGAGGCAGCCCCCCAAAGAACAGAUGUUUCUGGUGCCCACAGAAGAAGCUUUUGAACAGCAGGUGAAAGAAUUGCCUACCCUACAAAAGGAACUUAUAGAAACUAAACAAGCAUUGGCCGAUGCCAACCAGGAGAAAGAAAGACUGCUUCAGGAGAUUAGGAAAUAUAACCCCCUCUUUGAGCUCUGAUAGCAGUGGCUCAGCCAUCUUACCAAGGAGAGAGGAGAUCACCAGCAAUAGCACCACCUGUGACAGAAGGCACCGGCCAGCACUGAAGAAGUCUGCUGAGGAUGCCAGAGGGCCUGGGGAGUGGUCAGCCCACUCGUUGGGGUGUCCUUUCUACCAGCUGUUCUGACUUGUGUGGAAGACAGGGCAAAGCACGGCCACGUUCUAGGAAAUUGGGGGCAGCUUUGCGUGUGGCUCAAGCAUCAUGUCUUGCCUAUAUAAAGCCUUUUGGCUCUCUGCACACUAGGUGGAAUCUUGUCGACACUGUAGGGCCAUUUCACCACUUGGUUUCAUGGCAAGAGACAUUUGCUUUCUCUACAACCUGUGUGAACAAGAGAAAGUACCCACCUCCUCAGUCACCCACAGAGCCACCAAAGAUUCUACGUCCCAGAGCUUCCUGUAGCAGACCUGAAAAGUCCUCGGCCUGAGCUUUGGCCAUGGUAGUAGAGUGGAACAGGAAAUAGCCAGCAAGGCAGGAGCCAGGAGAGGCACAAGAGUAAGGGAGACCUGGUUGCCGCCUUUUUUUGGAAAGGGAGCCAAGCUCAUACCAUCUUGGCUGAUACUACAAUCAGAUUUUUCAGGGUUAAGGUUCUUUUCUGUUAUCCUGUCAUCAUUGUGAUGCUGUGGUAGAAAGUAGACAGUAGUGGCUCAGUUGUAUCUUUCCCUUCUAUGACAUUAUAUGAAAUUUAAAUCAAUAUUCACUGAGCUAGGCUGAAGGUAUGAUGUGGUAAGAAUCACUAGGGGAGCCAGUGCUGAGCCCACUGUUGCCUGCCUGGAGUCCUGCCUGCCUUCCACAGCUGCGCUUCAGGACUGAUUCCUCUGUCUCCCCGGGUUCCUGGCACAUCUGCUCUCCCAGCCCUGGGACUUUCUGCCAGCACUCUCCUUUGCACUUGGUGGUUUGGGAGCUGAAAAUGUGUUUUAAACUGUAAUGUAAACAUCUCAACUUGUUGCCUCUCAUACUCCUCUAUCACUGUGGCUUUUUAAAAUCAUAAAAUUUUGACUUAAGUGAAAAAACAAAACAAAAACCCUUCAACCCAGCUAGGCUUUCCCCUUGCCCCAUGAAAGAAUGAUUUUCCCCCUCUUUCUUUCCUACCUAAUUCUUCCUCAGCAUUCUACCUUCAUCCAUACUGCUCUGUAAUAUACUUCAAGCUGUGUUGAUUGGACAGAAGUUCAUCCGCUAACUCACCUGGAAUUGGCAAGAUGGUAAAAUUAGUGAUUUACUGGUGUCAUUGAAGUCUUAAUCACACAUGACAUAUUGGAGGAAAGAUAAAUGUUUUCCUUUAUGGGAAAUCAUGCCUGACCUGCAUAUUCUAGUUUUUUUGAGGAUAAAAAGAAACAUGCAUUCAAGAAACAACAAGAUAUAAUUUGUUCAGACUUCUAAAGAACUUUUGUCAAGGUUCUUCACUUAAAGCAACUUUAAAAACACCAGUUACUAUGAGAUACGGGAAUACUUUGUCAUGCUUAGGAAACAACUUAGAGACUUAAGAAUAAACAUCUUUUUGGAGAUAAUGCUAACAGGGGAGUUUCCUAUGGGUGGAUGCUUGGUUUAACCUUAUUUAGGAUUUUUAUAAAUUACCUGGAAGUAGGAAAUUAUAAUGCAGUCAAAUGUCACUACUUUCAGGCAGUGAAAGGUAAACCGGAAGGGAUUAAAAAAAAAAAAAAGGCAAAACCACAGAAGGCCCACAAGCCAGGCUGUGAUGACACAGGAAAAUGACAGGUGAGGUUCAGUCUAGGGAAGUGUAAAGUAAUAGAAGAAUCAGCAAGGCAGCAAGCUCUGCUAGAACUCAGCAAAGUAACCUAACCAUUGCUGAGGGGAAGGAGGGGUCAGUGUGCUGGCUACUCUGGCUCGAAGCCCGACUGCACCAUCAGGAAGGGCUCGUGGAGACAACACAGAAAACAGGACCUCAUAGAACACCACUUUAAUGGCUUACAUUAUCUGUGCACUUCUAGUGACCUUAUUUACAGAAUAUAUGGUGAAGGGACGAAAGGUCCAGAGAAUAGCAAAAAUUAUCAGGGAGUGGAGAUACUUCCACAUGAGGACACAAGUUUAAAAUGUUAGCUCCAACUCUGGAAAGAUAAAAGCUGAGGGUAGUGUGAGAUCAGAUAUCCAGUCAAGAGGAAGGACAUGCUCACCAAGUCCUGAUAUUCUAGCUCUGGGGCUCAACCUCAUCGCCUUAAGUACAAGAAAGCACUUCUAGCAAAUCAGAAACUUAAAGAGCUCAUUGUCCGAGAAGUGAUGCUGACAGAGGCUAUGUAUGGGUGGUGAAGGUUUAAGAGGAAUCCUUGUAUAAUGGCCUUCCAAUGGAAUUAUGGAAAACUAGGGCUAUUUGGUGAAACACACUGAGACGGUAACUGUGUUCCUCUACACACUCCCCCUUAGUGCUCCUUCAGAAGGCAUAGUGUUGAACAAAAUGGAUCACUCGUCCUCUCAAGUAUGGCCUUUCUAAUGUUCUUAGAGGAGGCCUUGCAGAGGGAGAUCAGUAGCCGGAAAACAAUUAUUCAAACUUAGACUCACUUGAAUUGGUUUAAAAUCACAUUCUGGUUCUUUUUCCCUCUCCUCCUCCCCCACAUCCUACCCCCACCUGCACCAUGUCCCUCUGGUGUCCCUGCAUGCAAAGAAAAUGACUAAUGGGCAUUGCUUGGUAUACCUUCGGUUUAAGCUUGUGCUUGCUGGUCGGCGAUACAAGCAAAUCUGGCAAGCAUCCAGGCUAACCCCUUUAAUGGCCAGAGUUCAGUCAGGUUUCUAGGCUCUCUGGAGUUCUUGUCCAUGUGACAAAUGGAGCCCUAGGAUUUCUGACUUUCCUAGGUGGCAUCCUUGGCUGUUGUGUCUUGAAAUCCUCCUGCAGAAAAUGUGGUGUAGGGGUCAUUGUCCCAGGAAAUUUUAGUUAACAAUCAUCUUGUGUAAUUUCAUACUCCUGUUCGCUGGGGGAAAGACUUGCAUAAUGAAGAAAUGUGAACUGGUUGGUAGUUCUCAGGAUAAAUGUAAAGAAAAAAAGGAAGGAAAAUAGUACUUUGGACUGCUUAUGAUUUCUGCCUUGGAGCUCAAAGACUCUGUGAAUAAGAAAUAACAAUACCUCAAGAAAAUGUCUGGAGUGAUAGCACCACUAUCCCUCAAAGACCUCAGCUGCUGCACAUCACCAUUUCAGCUGUGAAGCAUUUCCAACUAUGUCUCAUCUAUGAUUGUCGAGAUUUCCUGUUUACAUGGAUGUACUGGAGGUAGGCUUUAGUGCAUAUGGACUACUUUAAAUAUCUCUUAGCUGAGCUGCAGGGAUGGUUAUUGAUCUCAGAUUUUUCAACUCACUGGAAUAAUUAACCUCAUUUCUUUGACUUAAGACUAAAGGAAUGGGUUCUAUUCUUGUGAUGGCUGCUUUUGCUGUAUUCUGUAAUCUGACCCUCAUUUUGCCACGGUCCUCAGACUUGAUGUACCCUUUCAUAGUACUGAAAGGAACAGUUUCUGUGUACGGAGUAUACAAGGGAUAAACACUACCCCUCAACAUACCCCAGGAUUUGAAUGCUUCCAUUUAACCCAUUUACAUUAGUUUCCCCUUAGCCUAGUUCAGGGGGUAGUGGAAAGCAUGUUGUUUCAAGUAUUGCCAUAGUGAUACGGGAAUCUGCCAUUCUAAACCUUUACACUAAGGGUUAGUUUUUUCUCAUUUAAUACUUGCCUAAACUUCUAAAAUCAGUUACAGUAACAUCACAAAACUGUGCAAACGAACAAACAUUGCUGCACUGCUAGUAGAAUGACGUUUGGUUGAGAACUGAAAAGCUGUCCUGACCUCGUAAUUUACCGUAGUCAUUACCGUUUCGAGAGAAGCUGGUGUGAUGUACCAUCCUUCCAGAGACUACAGCCCUCACCUAGAUCUUCUCCUGCCUUCUACUAGAGUAGGAAUAUUCCCAUUCAUCUCUGGAUAGGUAUGGAUGGAAGCUAUUGUUGAGUGGGGAUUAUUUUCCCUAUCUCACAGCAGACACAAGGAGAAACUCUUGGAGAACCUUAAACUGUGAGGCUUUGCUAAAUGGCUAGACUCGUGAUGUGAUCUUUCUUCCUUGUUACUUGUAAGUUUCAGCCUUAUCCAAUAUCUCAAAUUGCAAUAGGUGUAGUUCCUAUAAUUGUUAAAAAAAAUUUGUUAGAGCUGAGAGACUAUCUGCCUCCCCCUCCCCUCAGUUUAUUAUCUGGUUAAGAUUUAGCCUGAGUCUUACAACAUUUCUUUGUGGAAUGUCCCACUGAAGUGUCUUCUUCACUAGCUAAAUAUAUGUUUAAAGCCAUGGGUUUUAAUGUAAGAUACUCAAAGUCGGAUUUGCUGAACUUUGUGAGUCCAAGCUGUUUCCCCUCCAUCAGGGUGCUAAACAGAACUGGCAUCUUUUAAGACAUGCUCAGGAAAGCUUCGAAAGAGAACAGCUUCAAAACUCUUCUCCCUAUGACACUGAAUGACAGAGGAAAGAAUUCUUGGGGAUUGCCAAUUAUAUACAGUAGCCUUAUUACUGCUAAUCACUGUCAAUAAAAGGUCACUCUGUUCCCCUCUAUUUGAGGAAAACAAUGAGAAUGUAUCUGAUGAACUGGAAUACUGGUCAGUGUUGGGAAAUUUUAAUGUUGCAUUAUCUAAUCAAACCUUGAGUGUACUGGUUCUGUGAACCACCUGAAAACAAAUUAAACUUACUAAACACU